CGCAUUUUCACCGUUCUUGACUUGCAGCCAUACCACGGCUCAAAUUGAAAUUUUAACUAACUGCUCGAAAUAGGCAAAAUUAUAACGAAAACCGACGAAAAUGGCGCAAAACGCACCCGCCUGCAGGGACACACAGGAUUUUCAAUUUAAAUUGCACGACAAAUUCGUGGCGUUCAAAAAAUGCGGCGACCCCCGCAGCAAUGUGAAAUUGCUGGCGAUCUCCAGCAGCCGGGGAUUGCUAUUUGCGGGGAAUCCCAGCCAGCCGGAACUGAAGGUGAUCAUCGCCAAGGAUCUGGCCAAUGCCAAGAGCACGGGACAGCAGCCACAGGCGCGACUGGUGCCACUGCCCAGUGUUCCCAACUACAUCGCCUGCAGCUCCGAUGGCAAUCUGCUGGCCGUGAACCACACCCAGAACGGCACCAGCCUGCUCAGCAUCUAUUCAGUGCAAUCCUUCAUGACCCCGGACAUUCGACCCGUUUACAACAUCCGCCUGGCGGCCGAGGACCACGUGCACGCCGUCCAGCUGCUCUGGAAUCCCGUGCUGCCCAACAGCCUGGCCGUCGUUCUGAGCAACGGAGCACUUGGCAUGUAUGCUCUCAAAGAGGCCGGCAACUUUGAAAUGCAUUCGCUGGACAAGAGCCAGCAGGUGAAGUGCGGCUGUUGGUCGCCGAAGGGUAAACAGAUCGUUCUCGGCUUUCCCGCCGGCAAGGUGCAGCAGUUCAAGCCGGAUCUGACGCCCGCCAAGACGCUGUUGUGUCCACCGAACAUCCAUGACGCCCCCUUCGACACCAUCGCCAUCCAGUGGCUGUCGACGUUCCAGUUUGCGGUGAUCUUUCUGCAGCACGGCGAGGACUGCAAUCCCUCGCUGUACAUUCUCAACGCCCCGAAGGCCGGGGCACCCAGCUACAUCAACUACUACGACAUCUGCUACAGCCUGAAUGGUCCGCGGAAUCAUCAGUUCAUCUUCAGCCAUGUGGCACCGUGGAAUCUGCUGCUCGUAGUCUCGGCCAAUGGCGUGGAGGUGGGCGUCAUGGGCACCUUGGAGGCCGGGGAUACACCCACCUGGCACCAGUUCACUUUGCUGGAUGAGGCGCGCAUUGAGCUGCCUUUAAAUGAGAGCAAUCAGGAGGAGACCUUCCCUCUGGGCUUUGCCUACGAUACAUCCUCCACGCACCAGCUUACCAUUAAUGAGCAAAAGCUGCAGACCAUGCCCAUGGUGCACGUUUUGGGUUCGGAUGGAACUUUGCUCUCCUUCAAUUUCCUGAACUUGCUGCCGACAGCGGUGUCUGUUUGCUCGCCACCUCCACCAGUGGCAGAUACUUCGGGACAGUUCAGGCCGCUGAACACGCUGCUUCCCAAUGAGGAGGAGGAGCAGCCGACUGUGGCGGCCAGUCCGCCGCCCAAAACUCCUGCGGUGUCUGCUCCCUCUGACAUAUCGUUCGCCUUCACAUCGAAUACGGUUACUUCAACGCCGGCUCCCUCGAAAGAUAAGCCUCCAUCGCUAUUCUCAGGCUUUGGAGCAGCUGCAGCCAAACCUCCUGCUCCGCAGCUGUCCUUUGACGCUGCUCCUCCUUCGUUUGGAGCUCCAACUACCGCUCCAGCCAAGCCAUCCACUGCAUUUAGUGGAUUUGGAGCGCCAGCAACGACUGCCGCAAUGGGUUCAAUGUUCUCCGCACCCGGAACGAAUGCCUUUGGCGGAAUGGCAACAAACAAACCAGCAGGUACUACUGUGGCGCCCCGCGUAGCAGCUCCAGAAACCGCUGCUCCUGCAGCUGCUCCAGCUGCUGUAAACAAACCACUUUACACUGUUCCUCCAACAUUCACACCGGUGGCCUCGAAGGCAGCACCACCGGCUGCUCCUCCAAGUGUAGAGAGCACCCUUAAGCCAGAUGAUACGGAGCCUAUUAUCAAGGAUAUGAUUGCCCUGCAAAUCGAUGCCUUUAGCCAGGAUAUUCAAAAGCAGAAGGAUCAGACCAGCGAGCUGCUCAAAGGCAUUGCAGCCCCAUCAACUCUGAGGGUAUUUGCCAAACGCUUGGAUGACCUCCAGGAGCUAAACGAACAAGCCAAGGAUGUGGAGUUUGAGUUGGAUGUGCAGGGAUUGCGGCAGGGUCUGAAUGAGGCCUAUGCCAUCGUAGCCGAGUGCCGUGGCAAGCUAGAAAUUUACAGGAAACCAGAUAUCACUCGUCUGAUGAACUCAAGCUCCUGCGAUCCCGCUGGCCGCCGAAUGCUGGCUCGCCUGCAGAGCUACGUGGCCGCCAAUGAGGCUCAGCUGCGUCUCGCCCAGCAGCAUGUCGAUGUGCAGUGGGAGCAGUUCCAGGAUGUGGUGCGUCGCAACUCCAAGUCUCGCAUGCACAUGCCUUGCUUGGAGGGCAUCUACCAGCGACUGACCAGACUGCAAAACCUCGCUUCUGACCAGCGCAUCCUGCAGAACAACCUCAAAGCCAAGCUCAAGGAGCGCGGAUUGCUUCAGGCCGCCCUUCUCGACCAGGAAAACAGUCGCACCCGGACCAACGAAGCAGUGGAAACACUGGCUGACUCCAUUCUCUCGAUGAGUCUUAGCCAGGUUGUGGACUCCAAUGCAGCCAAACUCACGCAUCAGAGGCUGCAGAAGAUCCGAAAGGUUGUCCAGCUGCAGAAGAUCAAUAUUAUUUGUCCCCAGCGACCGGAUCGCGUAGGACUCAAGUCUGAGGUUAUUUUGGAAACCAAGCGCAGGGCGGAGCUGAUUAAAAAGGCGGCCGCCAAGCCAGCAAUGGCCAACAAGUACACCCAAGCAGCAGUGGCUCCACCUCCUGCACCAUCGGCUGCUCCCACAGCUCAGAAUCUGCCGACGGUGACUCCUCAGCUGCCAAAACCGAUGCCAUCUAAACCGGUGGCUGUGGAAAAACCUCUUCCUGUGGCGACCCCUGUGUCGACACCAUUCUCCUUCAGCCAGAGCAGCCCGUUUGUGAAGACCUCCACUGUGACUUCUACGACAAAUACUGUGACUCCUGGCGAGGCUGCUAAACCAGGUCUGUCCAUUUUCGGCGGUCUGAGUAGCGGUAGUUCCAGCUUCAGUUUCGGUGGUGGCGGUGCCAAGUCGGCGCUCUCAUUCGGCGGAGGAUCGCCAUCGGUGGAAUCGGCUCCAGUACCGAAACCAGUGAUUGAAAGAGAACAGUCUGCUCCAGAGCCAGCUAAGCCUAAGGAACAAAAACCAGGACUUGAAAUCAAGCCAGUUAAAGCUGGUCCGGAAGCAGCAAAAGUAGCGCCACAAACACCAAAGGCAGACACUGCUAACAAAUCCUUUGGCUUUGGAGGCUUUACAGGCACAGGUGGAGCUGUGGGAAGUGCUUCUAGCUCUCCGUUCAGCUUUGGUGGAUUGGGAUCAUCCCUUGGCUUCGGCGGAACCGCCCCUGCCGUUCCGACAUCGGAAGCUCCUAGCACCACAGCCACAGCAGCAGCCACAUCCGCUUCACCUGCUCCCUUUGGCUUGUUCUCGGCAGCUGUGGCCAAACCAACACCCAGUGAAGCCACCGUGACUAGCAGCACCACCUCGACCACCAGCAAACCAACGCCUGUAAUUGCAUCCACCACUUCAACUAAUGCUCCUGUAAGCACGGCAAGCGGAGGGACCACCAACUCAGAUCCCACUGGCGGUCUUUUCGGCUCUGUGAACAUUUGCAAGCCAAACACUCCAUCAGAUUCGACCAAACCAGCCAAAAUUUUUGGAGGUCUCAACAGUGGUUCGGACUCUGGCAGCUUUUCGUUUGGCGGAGGAGCUGGGGAUACCGCGAAGGGACUAUUUGGCAGCAUCACUCAAUCUGCAACGACUACAGCAGCUGCUACAACCGUUAUGGAGACCGCAGUCAAAACGGAUCCCAUCACAACAACGGCAGCACCAGCUGCAAGUGUGACCACGACUGCUGCAGCUAGUCCAGCAGCAAUUCCCCCGGCAGCGACACCAGCCACAACUAGCGCAACAGCAGCAUCCAGCAGCGCUGUUCCUGGCAGCGCCUUCUCCUUCUCUAACGCCUUUAGCAGCCUGAGCGCAGGAGUUUCGCCAACUACUACUGCUGCUGCUGCUGCUCCCUUGGUUGCCACCAGCUCCACCGCAUCCACAACCAGUAACUCGUCGACCUCAGUGUUCGGAGGCGGCUUUGCAGCAACAGCAUCGACAGCGGCUCCAGUGGUCAGCCCCUUCCAAACGGCUGCAAAGACUACAGCUCCGAGUGGAAACAUUUUCGGCAGCAUACCUAAGCCGGAGACCAGUGUUUUUGGAGCUGCUCCUCCGAAUCCCACGGCUGCGGCAGCACCAGCUGCCCCUCCCACGGGUCUCUUUGCGUCGGCUGCCAUUAGCAACCCGUCGCCUUUCGGUAGUCCCCCAACUGCAGCACCAGCCUCUGGCGGAAACAUCUUUGGCCAAGCUGCCAAGCCAAAUGUAUUUGGACAACCAGCGCCUGCAGCCGAAGGCGGAGGAUCUAUUUUCGGCGGUGGAACCAAUUCACCAUUUGGAUCGGGCUCUAUUUUCGGGGGAAGCAAUCCGCAGAGUCCUGUCGGUGCCCCAGCUGCUGGAGGUACCUCAAUCUUUGGCCAAAGUGUGUUUGGUCAGCCAGCGGCAGCUUCACCGACAGCAGGUGGAAACAUAUUCUCCAAUCCAGUGGGCACUCCGCAAGCCUCUGCCUUUGGGGGCGGGGGAAGUUCAAUCUUUGGAUCCCCUGCUCCAGCUACAGCUUCGCCUGUCUCUGGCGGCUCGAUCUUUGGUGGUGGCAGCAGCUCCGGCGGAUUUGGUUCCUUCUCGCAGACAGCGCCAGCUCAGGGUGCAUUUGGAGGUGGAUUUGCCCAGGGCGGAGGUGGAUCAGUGGCCCAGUCGGGCUUUGGGUCACCUCAAACGCCGCAGCAACAGCCGGCACCAGGCGGAUUUGGAGCCAAGCCAGUUUUUGGAUCGCCGGCCUUCGGAGCGAGUCCCACCUUUGGGGGAGGAGCCACCUUUGGCAGUCCCAAGGGAUUUGGUGGAUUCGGCGCGGCCACCCCUGUGGCCUCACCUCCAGCGUUCGGUGCUGCACCCAAGCCGGCCCAGGGAAAUAUCUUUGAAACACUGGGUGGCCAGGAAUCUGGCCUCUCCUUCGGAAAUCUGGCCCAGACCGGAAAUUCCAAUACCCAGAAACCAGCCUUCGGAGGAUCGAGCUUUAUGAAUUAUCGUUGAGUCCAGUUUAAGUAACUUUGUUUGUUCAGUUUUAGAGGUUUAGCAUUAUUAAAAUCUGAAAAUUCCCAAAAA